AUAAGUUAUUAAAUAAUCAUUUCAAAUUUUAGGGAUGUCUUAUGCAACUAUUGCAUUUUACAGUUUAUAUUUAUUGUAUCCUGUAACACUUGAUCUCAUAAUACCUUUGAACGAAUCUCGUAUUCGUCUUAUUUAUUACUUUACAACGUUUUCUCACGAUCGAAUCAUGUAUCUCGAUAUUCUAUGUUUCAAUAUUACGUUUCUUAUUAUACUCGGAGUAUUAUCCAUAGCAUGUACAGAAACGUUGAUCGGAGUUUGCAGCUACUACAUAUGCAUAUUGUUGAAAAUUAUUAGCUAUCGAAUACAAAAGAUUGUUACGUAUUUGGCUAUGUUUAAACUCUCGUCCAAACAAAUUGACUCGAAACUCGUAGAGCUGUAUCGCGUAGUGGAUAUUCACAAUCAAGCUAUCGAAUUUACCAAUGUCGCGAUAAAUGCUUCAGCGAUACAUUAUAUAAUAGCUAGUCUAUUAGCUGUGAUCUCGUUGGCUAUAAAUUUGCAUCGACUAGUAAGUGUAAGUAUAAUUAAGAAGGACCAAUUAGAAAUGUCGUUCUGUUUUAUGCUUGUCACCAUUCAUUUGAUGGUUAUGUUCUUAAAUAAUUAUAAUGGUCAAAUACUUAUAGACAAUAGCCAGCAAUUGUUCGAUGAAUUAUAUGUUUCUUUGUGGUAUUCGAUACCGUUGAAAGCGCAAAAGAUCUUAUUGCUGAUCAUGUUACGAAGUUCAACAGUAUGUGCGUUUAACCUCUUUGGUUUGUUCACUCCAUGCUAUACAGGAUUUUCGACGGUAACUUGUUUGAACAAUUAUGUCACCCAACAUUUUAAUUCAACGAAAACUGAUGAAAAUUUCUAUAUUUCAGAUGUUAAGUUCGUCGUUUUCCUAUUUCACUCUCAUAUAUUCGAUACAAUAGAAAUUAUUAUAUGCAUGACACCAUGA